AUGCCUCCCAAACGGACCCGUCGCCGUUCUCCUACUCAGGUCGGCUUAAAUGUGGGUGAAAGGCUCAAACGGACCAAGCUUGUAAGGACCAGUUCUCUUUCAGCUUGGGACUGGGUGGGUACCGAAGUGCUCAGUGCGUCGGAUAUCUCUCAAGACCAUCUAAUGGCAACAUGUGGUUUCUCCGAGCGCAACAUGCAUUCCUUAUGUCCGACCAAAUAUGUGCUUCAUGCGCCUACUGAGGCACCAACCGCAGAACUUCGUGCUUCCGGCGAGUUGGAGGAUGACGCGAUUAUUAUCUCGGACGAUGAACGACCCACAUGUAGCGGUAAGGGCUGUAGGAGUAAUCCAUACUGUCUCAACUACCUGGGUCAGGAUAAGUGGGAAGACGAAGAAAAGGCUCGAAAAGCUUUUCUGAAGGCGUCAGAUUUAGGCGAGAGCCCUCUUGUCCGUUCGAGAAAGCCUGGACACCCUAUCGGUCUCAAAGUUUGGUUCCAAGAUUUAGCGUUCCGAAACGGCGUGUAUAAGUGUCAGCUCCCCCAGGGUCUCAAACAGGAGGCACAUCCUAUCUUUCAAUUGCAAGUUACAUUUGCGGCGAUGCAAGAGUGCACGCAAAGCUCCUUUAAUCCCAUCAGGCUUGUGGAAAGUCUUAAGUUGAGAACUUCGGAGCAACAAGAUGCGCAGGAAUUCUCGAAAUUAUUUAUGGCUCAUCUGGAUGCUGAAUUUCGCAAGCAGCAAGAUCCAACUCUGAAAACAUUGAUUGCUGACCAGUUCCAAGGAAAGCAAGUGUAUGGCACUAUUUGCGAGCGCUGCCAACACCGCUCUGAGAGACUGGCUGAUUUCUUAGAGAUUGAAGUCAACAUUAAGAACCACGCCACCUUAGAAGAUCGCAUUUCUGCCGCACUCGAGCCAGAAAUAUUGACUGGUGAUAAUAAGUACCUCUGCCCACAAUGUGAUAGUCUUCAGGAUGCUAAGAGGUACACCGAAUUGCGUGACUUACCUCCAGUGCUGCAUUUCUCUUUGCUGCGGUUUGUCUACGACUUGUCGUCAAUGGAGCGCAAGAAAAGCAAACAUACCAUGUCAUUCCCAACUAUCGUUGAUAUGGAUCGUUUUCUUGGAUCCCUUGAAUCUCGCGGAUGCGCCGGCGAAGAUAUUGACGAAAAGCGUAAGAAUCUCUACGAACUGCGUGGUGUCUUACUUCACAAGGGCGCUAGUGCGUAUCAUGGUCAUUAUGAAGCUCAGGUUUUCGAUAUGAGAAAUGGUGCAUGGUACCAGUACAAUGAUGAGACGGUCACAAAGUUGGACCCUUCAGCUUUUGAUGUUCUCGGACAGCUUGGGGGCAGCAUGUCGUCGGAACAAAAGAAUAAAAGCAAAGAGAACACAGUCAAACAACAUAGUAACUCGAGGAAACGACGAAGGGUGGACGACAGUGAUAGUGAAACCGAGAUCAUUGGAUCGCGACCAUCUCCUAAAGAUUAUGAGAAGACACCCUCAUCAGCACUCGGGUACAAUUUCUUUGAUCUGACGAGUCCAUAUGCUGUUACUGAGGAUUCCAGUCCUAGAUAUAUUUCUUCAAGAGAUGCAUAUAUGCUGGUAUAUGCUCGCGCAGACAACUCAAAUUAUCAGCUGGGGACCCACUUGCCUGCAAUAGAGCCACCAGCUGCUGCACGACAGGCAGUGAAAGUUCUAAAUGACGGCCAUGAGGUAGCAUGCAAUGCUUAUAUUGAGAAGGAGAGCAAAGCAAAUCUUAACUUCAGCAGGACAAGGUCCAGGAUUAUGAGUAUUUAUCGGACAUGGAGCGUAGCAACGCGGGAAAUGGAAUCUGUGGUAGUUUCCCGAAGGGAGCUUGAAUCUUGGAUGUUGCGCUAUCUGUCUGAGACUAAACGGCGAACGGUAUUACCUGCAGAAGGAUCGCAAGGUCCGAAUAGUAUUGAUGCCGAUUCUAUGGCAGCUAAGGAAGGAGACAUUGAGCCUGCACAGGCGAUCGUGUGCGCACACGGACGGUUGGAUCCGACUAAAGCAAACGAAAUGAAGGUCAUCACAAAGGUAGCUUACGAGCGCAUAUCAUCAGAAGAUGGAGUUGAAUUACUUCCCAAGCUAACCCCUUUGGACGUAUGUGCAGCCUGUGUUCAGGAAGCAUUCCAUGAGCGAUUAUAUCAAAUUGAGCAUCCACAAUCAGUCGCCCAUUUCGACGAGAUAUAUCUGGUUCAUGACAAUGAGCCAGGCUUUUGGAUCUCAAAGCAAUGGCUUAAAGAUUGGAGGCUAGCGAAACCCAAGAUGCAUGUUGCGUGUCGAGAUGAUCCCUCACCUGAUAGUCAAGAAUUUAAUCGCCACGUUCGAUGCGAACAUGGUGGACUUUCAGCUAAUGCAGCUGCUCGCCGACGCAUUUCAACUGAAGCUUGUCUCUUUCUGCAGGAAAUCUUUCCCGGUUGGCAGGCUUUGUCAGCGGAUUGUGAGCUGUGUCCCGUAUGUGAAGCUUUGGCACAGAUCUCCAAAGAAGAUAAGCGUGAAGUGCGCAAACAAGCAGAAGAGGAGAAGGCUAAACUCAAGCGAAUGCAUGAUGAUACUUUGCAUGGAAACACUGCACUGCUUAAAAAUAUCCCAUGCGCUAUAGUUCCGGCUGAAUUUGUUCGCUCGUGGAGGCAAUGGUUACAGCGGCCAGGAGAAAUAUCUCGCCCUCAGGCUAUCGAUAACUCUGAAUUCAUCUGUGAGCAUGGCCUACUAUGCAUAGAUCCGAACACGGCGUUUGAUAUCGAGGCCUCAAUCGCCAUUAUCGAGCGGGCUGAUUGGGAUAUACUCGAAAAAAUCUAUUCAGCUGGUCCUUUAGUAGCUGUCGAAAAUGACGGUACCCAGAUGCGAUCUGAGGUGGCUGUGUGCGAUGAAUGUUGUCAGAAGAGAAAAUUGGAUUAUGAGGUUGCCGAAGUUAUUGUUCGUGUUCUCGGUGCAAACGACCCAAUACCAACGGUAAAAAGCUAUUCUGAGGAGUCAAACCAGCAGGUGAAACGUUUGGACCCACCUAUUGCAAUGACUUAUGGAUCACGCAAAGCCGGUGGACUCCGACAAUCUAAUCGUAUAAGGUUAGGCAAGAAUCCGAUUAGACGACGAAGAAUCACAAUCACGAGGAUGAUGACAGUCAAAGACAUUAAGGUCUUGAUUCAGGAAGAACUUAACAUUCCUGUCAUAUCGCAACAAUUGUUUUAUCGAGGCCAGGAGCUGGAUGGUAGUUCUCUGUCUGUCUCAUCCAUCGGAAUAUUAUCCAACGACGUGUUGGACCUUCGGGAGCAACAUGAAGAGAUCAAUUUACUUUCUGACUCGGACGAUGACCAUGGCAAUAAGAAGAGACGUGAAGGUCUAGGUUUUGGAGGAACUUUACUCGGCGGUCUGGCAACCAAUGAUAUUGCGGAACCUACUUCUGACCAUGAACUGCGUCAAGCGACCACUUUGAAAUCCUGUAGUACAUGUACCUUUGAUAAUGACUCUGAAGCACUGGUAUGUGCCAUGUGCGAGUCUUCCUUGUGA